AUGGCAUUCCCUCGGAUGUCCUCCAUCGUUCUGUCGUUCUCACUCAUAGUCUUUGUGUAUUGGACGACCUCGGCUGCUGAGUCACAUGACCUUUCACCUGCUGACCUCUCAGCCCUUCGCAGGAUUAAAAGAGCGCUCGAUGACACCACCAAAGAAAGGAUCCAGAGUGGUUUCCAGUUAGGCGUAGACUUGCUGACCACGGUCACAGAGGUGACAAACCAAGUCCAACCUAAGAAGCUGUCCUCUGUGCUCAAGGGCUUGGCCAACUUUGCCAGUUUGGCGCCUGGUAUCGGAAGUCUGGUCUGCUCAUUUAUCAGUGUGGUUUUGGCAAUCAUCCCUCAGAAAAGCGACAUUGAGGAGCUGAAGAACAGCUUCAGCGAAGUCAACCGGAGACUGGACUCUCUGGCCUUCCAGAUAUCCGACCUGGCCACUGACGUGGAGUGGUUCAACUUUGCCAGCGUCUACUCUCGAGAUGAGACUCGCAUCCUGAACGCCUGGAUGAAGUUAGAUGAGCUUCAGCAGAACCUCAGGCUGGUGACGAGUGAAGAGGAGAAGCUGAGGCUGGCGGAGAUCUUCGCCAACUUCUAUGAGAAUUCUGGGACUGAGGGUAGCGUGGCAAACAUCUACCAUUACCUGACGGUCAGCGGCACAUCUCUGAGCAAGAACAUCAACAACCUGUUGAGGGGCAAGUUUAAGUGCAGCAUCAGUGAGAUGGGCCGCUAUAACAUGUACCUGAGUGGUCUGCUGUGGAAAGGCAUGGUCCUCAACCAGCUCUACUGGAAACUCAUCGGAUUCCACGCAUCACAUAAACAGAACGAACAUAACAGCAUGUUCAAGAAUGUCUUCAAAGCUCAGAACGAUUCUUUGCAGUUCUGUCUGGACAACUUUGAGCAGUACUUGGUGAAAGACGUGAAGGAGGUCAGCACCAGAUUCACCAAAGACCAAAAACAGGACAUCGCUGCCAACGUCCAAAAGACUCUGGAUGAGAAGUACUUCUGGUACAAGUGGGCAGUGAUGGUGUAUGAGCAGAAUGAUGAAGCCAACUACAAACUGGUCCAUAUGUGGCGUGUACCUGUGGGGGACGUGGUGGUGGGGGUGGGAUACAUCCAGAAGGAAACGCACAAGACCGAAACCCGAGAGGACGUUGUGUCUGGUGCUCGGACAUGCUUUGCUAAUACCCAGUGUUUGGCCCUUAAACAGACGUCAAAGGACUGUUCCUUUCAGGUGCGCACUGGAGACUACAUAGGCCCGCCCUUGACUUCCGCCCUUGAACCCGUACUAGAUUAUACAAGCUUUUCAGAAUUUGCCAAAGUUUUGCAUUAUUUCUAUCGUCAUCCUCCAGCGAUGUCACCACCACCUCUUUCCAACCAGGUGGAGUGCACCCUCGAUGGUUAUAGGUACAAGGUGAACGUCUACAUGUCCAUACAGCUGCCAGAUGUUUGCUUACCGGACACCUGUUGGAACGGAGGCAAGUGCAGGCAGCUGAUGGACUCCAAUGAAAUCCUAUGUGACUGUCCUGACGAAUACUAUGGAAAAAGAUGUGAAAACUACACCAGCGACUUCCAGAACGUUGACAUCGGUUCCCUGGUGCCGGACAUAACCACCCUCAACACCAAACUGGACCGGAUCCUUGACACCCCUCUGAAGCAGAUAGAGGACAAACUGGACCAGGCCCUUGACACCCUUCUGAAGCAGAGAGAGGACAAACUGGACCAGGUCCUUGACACCCGUCUGAAGCAGACAGAGGACAAACUGGACCAGGUCCUUGACACCCGUCUGAAGCAGAUAGAGGACAAGCUGGACCAGGUCCUGAGGACACAUCCUGCCCACUAA